AUGGGGUGUACAGUCAGCACGCAAACAAUAGAUGACGAAAGCGAUCCGUUUUUACAGAAUAAAAGAGCUAAUGAUGUUAUUGAGCAAUCGUUGCAGCUAGAGAAACAACGUGACAAGAGUGAAAUAAAACUGUUACUAUUAGGUGCUGGCGAAUCAGGCAAAUCAACGGUUUUAAAACAAUUGAAAUUAUUACACCAAGGUGGUUUCUCCCACCAAGAAAGGUUACAAUACGCUCAGGUGAUAUGGGCAGAUGCCAUACAAUCAAUGAAAAUCUUGAUUAUUCAGGCCAGAAAACUAGGUAUUCAACUUGACUGUGAUGAUCCAAUCAAAAACAAAGACUUGUUUGCAUGUAAGAGAAUACUGCUAAAGGCUAAAGCAUUAGAUUAUAUCAACGCCAGUGUUGCCGGUGGUUCUGAAUUUUUAAAUGAUUAUGUGCUGAAGUACUCAGAAAGGUAUGAAACUAGGAGGCGCGUUCAGAGUACUGGACGAGCAAAAGCCGCUUUCGAUGAAGACGGCAACAUUCCUAAUACUAGAAGUGACACUAACAAAGAUGCUGAAGCAGUGACACAAAAUGAGGAUGAUGAUAGAAACAACAGAAGUAGACUUAAUCUACAGGAUAUUUGCAAAGACCUGAACCAAGAAGGCGAUGACCAGAUGUUUGUUAGGAAAACAUCAAGGGAAAUUCAAGGACAAAAUAGACAAAAUCUUAUUCACGAAGACAUUGCUAAGGCAAUAAAGCAACUUUGGAAUAACGACAAAGGUAUAAAGCAAUGCUUUGCACGUUCCAAUGAGUUUCAAUUGGAGGGCUCGGCUGCAUACUACUUUGACAACAUUGAAAAAUUUGCUAGUCCGAAUUAUGUCUGUACAGAUGAGGACAUUUUGAAGGGCCGUAUAAAGACCACGGGUAUUACAGAAACCGAGUUUAACAUCGGUUCGUCCAAAUUUAAGGUCCUUGACGCUGGUGGACAACGUUCUGAACGUAAGAAAUGGAUUCAUUGCUUUGAAGGAAUUACAGCAGUUUUGUUUGUUUUAGCGAUGAGUGAAUACGACCAGAUGUUGUUUGAAGAUGAAAGGGUCAACAGAAUGCAUGAAUCAAUAAUGCUAUUUGAUACAUUAUUGAACUCCAAGUGGUUCAAAGAUACACCGUUUAUUUUGUUCUUAAACAAGAUUGAUUUAUUCGAAGAAAAGGUGAAAAGCAUGCCCAUAAGAAAAUACUUUCCUGAUUACCAAGGCCGUGUCGGCGAUGCAGAAGCUGGUUUGAGAUAUUUUGAGAAAAUAUUUUUGAGCUUGAAUAAGACAAAUAAACCAAUUUAUGUGAAACGAACGUGCGCCACCGAUACACAAACUAUGAAAUUCGUAUUAAGCGCAGUCACCGAUCUAAUCAUCCAGCAAAACCUUAAAAAAAGUGGUAUUAUAUAA